AUGGAAGCUGACCUGAAGCGCCAAGGCAACCUCCCCCAAAUCGAAUCCUUUUUUGCCGAACAAUUCAGUGGCCUCUUGUUAUCCGCCUUUGAAUCAAAUGCUACAAUUGCUGCACGAGUUCAAGCGCCAUCUUGGGGUAACGAUUCCUUCUAUGUCUCACCAAACGCCAAAGUAUUUGGAUCGAAUAUUACUGUCACCUUUGACAAAUUUGCAAACAAGAAACAUAAGGAUCGAGAUGCAUCCAAAUAUGCAUUUGGCUUUUUUGGUUUGGUCGAUGGAUUGACCGCGCUGGUUGACCGAAUUGAUAAAGUGAGGUGUUUGUGUGCGGAGAUGGGUGAAGAAGACUGGAUAUCAUAUAAGUCCUCUGUUUUGACUGGUUACAAGGAACAGGCACAUAAAAAGAUGAAGGCUUUAGCUGUGAAAUUGGGAAUAUGGCGUGAUGACUUUUAG